AUGAGGUUGCCUUGGUAUGUUGCUUGCAGCGCCAUGGGCCUGAGUGUCCUAGUCCACAUUGUCCUAGAGAGGAUGUUAAGGUGUUAUUUGCUUCAAGUUGGUAUUGGUGACUUUCUUCUGCUCGUACGUAAGUUACAGAUGGUUGACGGCUAUGUUGUGCAAUGUCAAUCCAAGCUGAUCCCAUCAAUCGACGAGCUGACGGACCAUCUCUCUACUGGUUGUCACCGGUCAGCACUAGUCAUCCCGACCAGCGUGGACCAGAGUGAAGGAAUGGGUCCCAAUACUGCAACUGCCCGAAUCAAACCUGCUUGGUCAAGGGUUGCUGCGUAA